ACCUUCACUGAUCCUCAUCUAACCCUCACGGCCCAAUCACCAACAUCCACUCACGUGCGCUGUAACACACUCCACGCACAGAUCACACCUCACUCUCGCACACACCUCACUAAAACACACCCAAAUCCCACCUCACUGCACCCAAAUCCACUAAUUCUCACACUCACACCCUCUCACCACUAACCCACACGAGCCCUCAUCUCACGACACCCUCACCUCACGCCCCCACACACCGCACGAACAAACGCACCGCACACCACUUCCCUCACUUCACUCUCGCACGCAACCCUAACCCACCCUACUCACACACUCGUGUCUCGCUUCCACGCACACUUCAUCAACAGAAACCCAACGGUUCACUUACAUUCAUGCACCUCCCAAAUUUCUUUGAAUGAAUCAGUUAUCCCUCGUCAACACAACACUAUAAAAAACAGGCCCUCAACAAAAAAGAAAGAGGAGAAUACUCUUGCCUUUUCCAUUUCUCUCUCGCGCACCAACGGAGCAGAAAUCGGAGGUUAUCCUGGCUUGCAUUCACAGCGGUGGAGCUUCGCUGUGAACUCUGAAGACGAGUCUACUGUUUCGGUUCUACGACGGUGAUCGCCCUUGUGUUUUGAGGAGUGAUACGGUUUGGGGAUUUUUUAUGGGAGUACGUGCUAAUACACUGUAUAUGGAGGAGAAACUUGAGGAUUGACGAGUGAAGAGGCCGUGAUGAGUUAAAAUACCAAAACUUUUACCUUUGAGGAGGUGGCUAAGCACAACCACAAGAAGAUGGUUGGAUUAUAAUCAAAGGAAAGGUUAGUUUUUUGUGAUAUGAAUUUAGUUUAUGUUAUCAUUUCAUUCUACAUCUGUUUUCCUUAGUCGAUUUUUUAUUUUUCCUUGGAUGAUUCUGGUGUUAAUAAUCUAUGGAUGAAUGUGGAGGACUUUAUCUUACUUUAUUUGACUGAUCUUAGGAGAGGGAUAGGGGAACGUCCUAAGGUUCCUCUGGCAUGCUUUGGGGUUCUGUAUAUUAAAACAAACUGCCUAUGAGUUUGAACAAAAGUCAUUGAUUCGAUCCCUCAUGUAUCAAAUUUAAAAAAGUUGUGUAGGACAUUUAGGUUUUAGAAUUUUGACGUAAAAGUAAUCAAAAUUCUUUCAUCAGUUUAAUUCCUAAGCAUGAUAUGUACACUAGUAAUUUAUGCUUUCCUACAACAAUGAACUGGGAUUCUCAAAUGAUAAUAGCAUGAACUGAUUGACUAUAUUAAUUUAGCGUACUCAUCAUGGGAAACCCCAAAAUCCCAACACAAUAUAAAUGGGUUAAGUGUUUAUACUAGCUCAUCAGGCACCAUUCUCUUCGAAGAAACUCUAUACCAAUCCACUGUUGACGGGGAGAAGAUCGUAGACAUCCUUCUUCAACAACACAUUGUUCCCGGUAUUAAGGUCGAUAAGGUAACCCUCUGCCACUUUUGUCGAGAAGCUUCAACUGUUCAACAUCGAUUUCAGAGUGCAAAAUUGCUUCGGCUGCCUUGCUAGGGUUUUGGCCUCGCUCUGUUUGAGCAUGGCUGCCAUCGGGGGAUUGAUGGCGUGGGAACUUGGACUUAUUUUCCAUCAUCAGAAACUAGGGAGGUAUGCCUCAAUUUAAUGUGAAGGCUAAAUUACACUCACCUGAUUGUUAUUUUAAAAAUGCACUUUUUAGGUAAUGAAAUGAAUUUGAAGCUAAAAGGUAUCUUCUUGGAAAAACUAUUUUUGUUCUUUUUUCUUGAAUGAAGGAUGUUUUGUAUGUGGUGCUUGCAUAUCCCAGUAGCAGACCAAACACCCUUUCCAGACUUUGUGAAAAUAAUUGAGAUAACACUUAGGUUGGAAUAUCAAUGUCACGAAAUGGGCCCAUAUAUCUUCUUGGAGAAUCUUUAGGAGAAUGCCUUGCGCUAGCUGUUGCAGCACUUAACCUUGAUAUUGAUUUUGUAUUAAUUUUGGCAAACCCAGCUGUUGAAGGAAACUGAUGAAAGAAGAGUGCAAAAAAUGGUUAUGCUCAAGUUGGACUCAAAAUUUGUGGCCUUUUCUUACAACCCAUGUCACCGAUUUAGGAGUAUGUCGUUUCUUCGCUCAAUCCACACCAGCAUUACCGAUUCCUAUCAAUCUAUACUUCAUUCCAAUCAGCUUCUAAAUGGGUUGUCAAAAUCUGGUCGAAUUGACGAUGCCCGAAAAGUGUUUGAUAAAAUGACUAAAAGGGAUGAGUAUACAUGGAACACCAUGAUAUCUGGUUAUGUUAAUGUGGGAAGAUUGGUUGAAGCAAGAGAACUCUUGAAUGGGUUUUCAAGCAGAAGUUCUAUCACUUGGUCCUCCCUCAUAUCGGGAUAUUGUAGAUUUGGGUGUGAAGCUGAGGCUUUUGGUUUGUUUAGGUCGAUGAGGUUGGAGGGACAAAAACCAAGUCAGUACACUUUAGGAAGUAUCCUGAGGGUGUGUUCUGCAUUGUGUUUGAUCCAAAAUGGAAAAAUGAUUCAUGGGUAUGUGGUAAAGAAUGGAUUUGAGUCCAAUGUGUAUGUUGUCACUGGCCUUGUUGACAUGUAUGCAAAGUGCAGACAUGUUUCGGAAGCUGAGAUUCUCUUUAAGGGUUUGGCCUUUGACAAGGGAAAUCAUGUCCUGUGGACUGCCAUGGUUACUGGUUAUGCUCAAAACGGCGAUGGCCUUAAGGCAAUUGAGUUUUUUUGUUAUAUGCAUGCAGAAGGGGUUGCAUCUAAUCAGUUUACAUUUCCUAGCAUAUUGACAGCAUGUUCUGCAGUUUCAGCUCAUUGUUUUGGGGAACAGGUGCAUGGUUGUAUUGUGCGGAAUGGCUUUGGGUGCAAUGUAUAUGUUCAAAGUGCGUUGGUCGAUAUGUAUGCAAAAUGUGGAGAUUUAAGUAGUGCAAAAAGGGUAUUAGAAAAUAUGGAUGAUGAUGAUGUUGUUUCAUGGAACUCUAUGAUAGUUGGGUGUGUAAGACAUGGGUUUGAAGAGGAAGCUCUUCUCUUGUUUAAAAAAAUGCAUGCAAGAAAUAUGAAGAUUGAUGACUAUACAUUUCCAUCUAUUCUGAAUUGUUGCAUAAUAGGUAGAAUUGAUGCAAAAUCUGUUCACUGUUUGGUUAUCAAAACUGGAUUUGGGAACUAUAAGCUUGUUAGCAAUGCUAUUGUUGAUAUGUAUGCCAAAACUGGGGAGUUGAAUUGUGCAUAUGCUGUAUUUGAAAAGAUGCUCGAGAAAGAUGUCAUCUCAUGGACCUCCCUGGUCACAGGUUAUGCACAAAAUGGCUCCCAUGAGGAAUCCCUGAAGAUUUUUCGUGACAUGAGAAUUGCUGGGAUAAAUCCUGAUCAAUUUGUUGUCGCAAGUAUUUUGAGUGCUUGUGCAGAACUGACUCUUCUAGAAUUUGGUAAACAAGUGCAUUCCGACUUUAUUAAGUCAGGUCUAAGAUCAUCACUAUCAGUGGAUAAUUCUCUUGUAACCAUGUAUGCAAAAUGUGGCUGCCUGGAUGAUGCUGAUGCAAUUUUUGUUUCAAUGCAUGUCCGGGAUGUAAUUACUUGGACAGCUCUUAUUGUUGGUUAUGCACAGAAUGGUAAAGGAAGACAUUCCUUAAAAUUCUAUGAUGCUAUGGUUUCUUGUGGCACGAAACCAGAUUUUAUCACGUUUAUAGGAUUAUUAUUUGCUUGUAGUCAUGCAGGUCUUGUGGAUGAAGGACGUGCAUAUUUUGAGCAAAUGAAAAGGAUUUAUGGAAUAGAUCCUGGCCCUGAACACUAUGCCUGCAUGAUUGAUCUUUUUGGACGCUCAGGAAAGCUCGAUGAGGCUAAAGAAAUACUAAAUCAAAUGGAAGUGAAACCUGAUGCCACUGUAUGGAAGGCACUCCUUGCCGCAUGUAGAGUGCAUGGUAACUUAGAAUUGGGAGAGAGGGCAGCUACAAAUCUUUUUCAGUUGGAACCCAUGAAUGCUAUGCCUUAUGUUAUGUUGUCAAACAUGUAUUCUGCAGCUCGUAAAUGGGAUGCUGCUGCGAAAAUAAGAAGGUUGAUGAAAUCAAAAGGAAUAGUGAAAGAGCCUGGAUGCAGUUGGAUAGAGAUGAACAGCAGAGUGCAUACAUUCAGUUCUGAAGAUAGAGGACAUCCAAGGGAAGCUGAGAUUUAUUCCAAGAUUGAUGAAAUUAUAGUAAGAAUUAAGGAAGCUGGUUAUGUUCCAGAUAUGAAUUUUUCUUUGCAUGAUAUGGAUAGGGAGGGAAUGGAGGUUGGUCUUGCUUACCACAGUGAAAAAUUGGCUGUUGCUUUUGGAUUACUCGCUUCUCCACCAGGUGCAGCAAUUCGGAUAUUUAAGAAUCUCAGAGUUUGUGGAGAUUGUCAUUCCGCUAUGAAAUAUAUAUCAGGAAUUUUCGCUCGUCAUAUCAUUCUGAGAGAUUCCAAUUGUUUUCAUCACUUUAGAGAAGGAAAAUGUUCCUGUGGGGAUUACUGGUAGGAUUUCAUUUUAAUCUUAAUACUAGUCCUUCAGUUUAAAGAUGAAUUGAUAAUCGACAGUUUCAAGCUUAUAGGGCAUUGUUACACAAAAUUUGCUCUUUUUCUGUUGUACUAUCUUGAAGGGUAAGCUCAUUAUUAUUUCAAUGUUUGAAGUGAGAACACAUACAUGAGGAAAUAAACCUUGUUCUAGAAUAUUAAGAACUUAAUACAUAUCGACAUUUUCCUCCUAAUUUCUUGUCUCUGUAUCUUCGGUCAUUGAUAGUUUGUUUCUUUAAAUAUUGCAUGUGUGAGAAAUCAAGCCAAUAAUUGAGACACAUUGCUAAAAUUAAUUUAUUUUUACCUGUUUGUGGCUUGCUACCUAGUUACCUACACCUAAGACCAGGGUAUCAAUAAGCAAAAUAUGUUUUAAUGAAGGACAAUUAAUUUCUCUAACUAUAAGAUAUCCUAGAUACCAAACAUUAUUGUGCCCACUCCCCUAAUAAAAAAUGUUAAUCCUUACUGCCUAAACGGAAGAAAAUUAAGAUUGUUUAUAAAAAUAUUUUGUAACUUCUAUGAAAAUAGUUUAAUGGUUUUUUAACCCAAAGAAAACCUUUGACUUGUGUAUCAAAUAAAUUAUAUUACCAUUUUAUCUAACGGAAAAGGUGGCAAAGAACAUGCUAAUCACCAUGAAAUUCUAGUAUUAGUCCAAAAUUUAUCCUUUAAAAAAUACUAGAAAUCCACUAAGAAUUUGUUAGAAAAAGAAUGCUUAGCAGUUACUAGAACGAAACAUAGCAUACACAAUAAAAGAAGGAUAUUUUUUUUAUGUUAUUACAAAGAAACAAAUACACAAUAAAUAGGAGCUGAUGAAAAAGAAGAUGCCUAUUCAUCUGACUGAUAAUUCCACAUAGUCCACCUUAAGAACAAGCAGCUUGAACUACAUGAAACAUGAGCAAAGAUUAGUAAGAACUGAUUAUCUUUUACAGCUGGUGCAUUAGAUGAAUACACAACAAUUGAUGUUCCCACACCUUACGCUAUUUGCAAUGGAGAAUAUCCCUCCCAUGGGCGAGCUCAACCUUGAUUAUGGUGUAGCUGAUUAGUGGACAGGGAAGCUCUCUCUCUCUCUCUAUCUAUCUAUCUAUCUAUAUAUAUAUAUAUAUAUAUAUAUGUAACUGAAUGGUUUGAAAAGGUUAACGCACUUCUAAUAUGUUCAAGCCGAUUUUUGCCCAUGGUUAACUGAGGUAAAGCCUAGUUCUAUCAUUCUACUUUAUUGUUUUCACGAUUAUCUUCCUUUGAUUGCAUCUUUUGUGUCUGCUACUUUGUUCUGUCUCCGAUGCAAACUGUGUGCCGAAUGAUGGUGAGUUUAUGCAUAGACCUGUAUUGUGAUAUUUCAAAUGUCCUGGUGUACUUUGGAUGCUGAAAAAUGUUGUAGCAAGGUUGAUGAUUGAAUUCCUGUGUUUAGAAUAUUUUGUUGCAGUUUAGUUUGCAAACAAGGAAGGAUUGAUUCUUGUGGUGCUUAAGUUUAUUUGAUUUGGGAAAACUAAUCGUAUUUCUAGAUUCUUUCUCGGUGAAGGUGCAGCUUGACUUUCCUGGUGUUAUUCCCUUUUCUAUAGUCAUACAUGGUAGUAGUAGUUACUAGUUACACAAAGUAAAAUAGGUGUCAGGAAUUGAAUGUGGAUAGGGGAUAUUAUAUGAUUACUAUUUAAAACAUCAUAAAUAUUGCUUGAGGAUGGUUUGAUUUAUGUGUGGCAUGUGUUUCUUAAUAACUGUGAUCAUAAUAAUUUCAGAGCUAAGUGUGCUUCAAGUUCUUCCAUUAUGUAGUAAUAAAGAACCAGAAGAAUCAUGUAUAAAGAUAAAGAAAAGAUUCACAAAUAUAUCAGCUUUAGAAUUUUGGAAUGAAAAUAGUUGGAGGCCGAACCAAUCUCAGUGCUGAAGAAAUAUUCAAAUUUGAGGUUUCCAUUUCACAGAUUUAUUUUUAGUACCAUUUCUCACUUUACAUGUUGCCUCAGCUUCAAAGUCUUGCAGCUGCUCUAUCUGAUAUGUAGGCUACUCAGAAUAUUGUUUGUUGAAAAAUAGUGAUGAGCAGAAGAAGAAUGACAUGACUAUUAAUUUAAAUUUCCUCCUUUCUCUCAUAUGACUAAUUAUAUCAUUGCUUCAAAUAUUUCUUAAUUGUUUAUUAAGUGUUCCAUUAAUAUCA